AUGACGAAGUACUCUACUCGUAUCGAUGCUGCCGACUUCGCGGACGGCCAGAAAACCUGCUGCAUGCUGCCUCUACGUUGGGCGACCGUUACCUUUGGCAUUGUGUUCGCUGCGGCUGGGGCAUGCCAGCUUGUCGAGCAGGUCUACCGAGCCAAUGGCGGGUCCGUUGAGGGCUACAACUUGCAAGAGAAGAGUAACAGCACGCUGACCCUGCUCGGACUGGCAUGCUGCAUGCUCCUGUCUGGCGUGUCGGGAUGCGUGGGUGCCUUCUUCGAGAUACGGCAUCCAGUCACGUUCUUCGCGCUGAUGCUCCUCUUUCAGUGCUUCUUGGAGAUUGCGUGGUUUGUUCUCGAGGACUCCACCGGGACUUUUGCCGACCUUUGGCGUAUGCUUUGGUCUGAGAUCGUUCUAGGCAAUCGUUCUACAAACAGCCCUGUGGCCGUCAAUCUCUUCUACACCCUGAUGUCCCUGAACAUACACCUUUGGGCCUGUGGCGUUGUGGCCAGCUACGCUUUGGAACUGCGAGUCGCCGGCAAGACCGUGUGGUUCGAGCCCAUUGAUGACGACGACGAUGUGGAGGAGGCAGCUGAAACGCCACUCAAGGGUCAGGAGACCACACAGGGCAGUGAGAGUGCUGAAGGGUAUGGAGCCACCCCGGCAUAG